AUCACAAGGAUAUUUCUUAAUAGAACCCACCGAUUUUUCCAUGAGCAUGAGUACUAGCUACAAGGUAUGUGUUAUAGGCGGUGCAGGCUACAUUGGUUCUUGGCUUGUCAAGCAGCUUUUAGAAAAAGGAUACACUGUCCAUGCAACACUCCGCAACUUGGAUGAUGUGACCAAAGUGAGCCUUCUGAAGAGCCUUCCUGAUGCUGAUGCUAGAUUAGUGCUGUUUGAAGCCGACAUUUACAACCCAAUUGAGUAUGAGCAUGCAAUUGAAGGCUGUGAAUUCGUUUUCCAUGUAGCAACUCCCUUACAACACAAUGAAAAUUCCCAGUACAAGAACAUAACUGAGGCUGCCAUAGCUGGGGCAAAGAGCAUUGCAGAAUGUUGUCUUAAAUCAGGAACAGUUAAGAGGCUAAUCUACACAGCAUCCGUGGUGGCUGCAUCUCCACUGAAAGAGGAUGGGAGUGGCUUUGGAAACGUGGUGGAAGAAACCUGUUGGACUCCUCUCAGUCUUUCAUUUGCUUGUUCUAAUGCUUAUCGUAAGGCCUAUGUGGAUUCAAAAACACUUGCAGAGAGAGAAAUCUUGAGCUAUGGGAACCAAAAAAAUGGUGGACUGGAGGUUGUGACUCUGGCCUGUGGCCUUGUUGGGGGUGAUGCACUUCUGCCCUUCACAUCCUCGAGCGUGGCUGUUUUUAUUUCUCAGCUUACAAACAGUGCAACGGAGUACCAAUUACUCAGAUUUCUGGAGGAAUUGGUUGGGAAAAUUCCCAUAGUACACAUCGAUGAUGUGUGUGAUGCCCAUAUCUUCUGCAUGGAAAAACCUUCAAUAAGUGGUAGAUUUUUGUGCGCAAGCUCAUAUGUUUCAUCAGCAGAAAUUGCUACUUACUUCCAACAAAACUACCCAAUAUUUCAAGUGAAGCCAGAGUAUUUGGAUGGACCAAAAAGAGAAAUUGUGUGGGGUUCUACAAAGCUUGAAGAGAAGGGUUUUGAAUACAAGUACUGCACCAAGAUGAUAUUAGAUGAUUGCAUAAGGUGUGCGAGGAAAAGAGGUGGCACUGACUUCCAAUGACUACUGAUCCAGGCUUGUAGCUUUUUAUGUACACCAUCGGAAUUGAAUUUCGAAUAGCAAUUUGAAUUUACAUUUAAACUUCAAUUUAUAUUUGAAAUUAGAGACGGUCUUAUGAUAACACUUGGUAAGAGAAAAAUAAAAUAAAAUUUGGUUUGUGCAAAGUUACAUUAAUAUUUUUUAUUUUAUUUUGUGAUAGAAGAUCAAAUUAUAUUUUCACCCACUUUGAAUUAACGAUUUUUUUUUGGUUGAUAGGUAGUUUAAAACUUUAAAUUAGUUAUGCGAAUUUAAACCAUAUUAUUACUAACUUAUUAUACGUUAAUCUUUCGUUAAAAAAAUAAAAUCUUUAAAUUAUCCACAGGAUCUUCUCCAUAUCCUUUUGAAGAGGAUCCUAAAGAUCCAAAAAUCUUAUCCGUUUAUCAUACAUCGUACGAUCAAUUUCUAUCAAGUACUAUUUGUAUUUAAUUUUAAAUAAAAAUAUUUAAUUUCUAACCACACAAUAUAUGAUGAACAAAUAUGAUUCACUGAUCUUUGAGAUUCUUUAAAAAGGAUCUGGCAAGGAUCCGGAUUCUUUAAAUUAGUGUGGUCACUUAAAUUCAACAUUAUUUGUUCACCACCUAAUUAGUUAUACGGGGAAAUAGUAGAAAACUAGAAAUUGGUACCCGCGUUGCUGCAAGAUUAGAAAUUAUAAGAAAAAUUAUGCCAUAGACGAUUAAUAUUACUUACAUUAAAAAUGUCAGAAAAUUUCAACAAACAAAAGAUUUAAUUGAUACAGUCCACAUACAAACAAUCGUAGAACUUUUGUCUCUACAUAGGAAAAAAAUCAGUCAUUCACGGAAGCACCUAAGGUUUCCCUCCAUUACUCUUGAUUGUCAAGAAAACAACCUAGGCAAGGAAAAAUACGAAAUAUUAAAAUACAUGCAAUUAAUUUAUACAUCAACAUGUUUAUACUAUAUAUAUA